CCUGACUGUCCGACUGCCUCCCUAACUCCCAAAACUACACACUUAUUCCCGCCCUCUUCCUUGGCUUCGCUUCAGGGGCCCAGCUGUCCACCAGUGGCUAAAAAUUAAGCGGAUAUGCUUAUGCUGGAAACUCAAAUCCCGGUUUGGCUGGAAGUUUCCAGAAAUCCGAGUUGUCUUGAAUGCUUCAUGGGGGAAAAUACGGAAGCUCUCUUUUUACUUCAGGCUUCCCGGUGGCGCGACAGUAACUAGUAUGCUAACUAGUAUGCUGUGAAACAGGUAAUCGUGAACCUGCAUUUCCGACUCCUAACAGACAAAUCCGUGGCCAUGUCUCAGAGGGACCUGAAGGAAGCGUUUAUCAGCAAUCUCAAUGGGACCAGUCUGCAGGAGGUGGCACUGGGCUCAUUUCUCACCCCACUAUGUCUCAUCAGCAGAGGGCUGAUUUUGACCCUCUACCAUCAGGCCAAAGGGACUCUUCCGCUUCCACUUCCAAUGGUUUCUCAUCUGCUUCUAGACUUCUGUGUGCUUAUCCUUCCCCUGGUCCUAUCAUGUACCGUUUUGAGCAGUGUUCUUCACCAGGUCAUCUUCAGCCUAGCCUUUGUUUCGGCUUGUGUGUUUUGCUAUAUCUAUCGUGUCAACAGUUCUGCUCGGCACCCACAGAACACGGUCAGCACCUUCCUUCAGAGUCACGUUCAAUUCAACCAGGUUCCCUUUGUGACUAUCUUUCGAGUGUUUGUGAACGUCAAAACAGCCAUCAGCAUUCUUGCCGUGGACUUCAGUGUCUUCCCAAGGCGAUAUGCUAAAUCUGAAACCUAUGGGACAGGGGUUAUGGACUUUGGCGUUGGAGCGUAUGUCUUUGCAAAUGCCCUUGUCUGUCCAGAGGCACGGGGGAAGAACAUCUCAGGAUCCAAGAUGAAUCACAUCGCAAAGCAGCUCUUGUCCGUCUGGCCCCUGGUUGUUCUUGGUAUGGGAAGGCUAGUGAGCCUCAAAAUGUCCGGCUACCAUGAGCAUGUGUCAGAAUAUGGCGUCCACUGGAAUUUUUUCUUCACACUAGCCAUUGUCAGAGUUGUUGCUUCUGUGCUUUUGGCCAUUUUACCCGCCCGUCAGUCAUGGGUCAUUGCCCUUCUGAUCAGUGGAUUUUAUCAGUUCACUUUGGAGACAUCAGGGCUGAAGGCUUUCAUUAUCCAUAACAAUGACAGAGAAAAGGACUAUCUGCAUGCUAACAAGGAGGGCAUAUUUUCUGUAGUGGGCUAUGUAGCCAUCUACAUGGCAGGAGUUCAGGUUGGACUCUAUGUGAUGCAACCAAGAUCCCACGUUAGACAGUGGCUCAAAGCACUUUUUAACCUCUUUUUGGGAAGUUUUGUCCUGUACUCUGCUUUGUACACAUGUCAGACGUUCGUGGAGCCAGUGUCUCGCCGCUUAGCUAAUUUACCUUUCUGCCUAUGGAGUGUUGCUCAGUCUUUGUUUUUUAUGUCCUGUCUAGGAAUAGCGGAUAUGGUUUUACUGUUUUCCAAAAGAACAUCAGGCUGUCACUCUGUACCCUCAUCAUGGAAUUUGUGUAAAAAACAAUCAGACUCAGUGUCUGACAAAAAGACAGGUGAGAUAGAAAGAAACUGUCUUGUCCAAGCUGUCAGCAGGAAUCAGUUGUUAUUUUUCUUGCUCGCAAAUGUCAUGACAGGAUUGACCAACUCGAUAGUGGACACACUUAGUUGCAGCAGCUCAUUUUCAGUGUGUGUUUUGCUGUCGUACAUGUUCACAAAUUGCUUUGUAAUACAUGUUUUACAUCUUUGUGGAAUUACAUUGAAAUUCUGGUAAAAUUGCAUUCAUAAAACUACAAGGUUCAUUUGUGUAGUUUGAAGGUUUUUGUGGGAUUGGAGUGACAGACAUUCAGGGAAACACUGGGGAAAUUAAAUGUCAUAAGAAGAUAUGAUCUGUAAAACUGAUGAUACUAUUGUACAUGAUAUGUUUAUAAAUGCGUGUGUUGAUAAAAUGUGUCUCCAAAUAAGUGAGGAAAUAUACUGUGAAACCAAACACACAGUGUUCUUAAAUGA